UGAGGCGCCGCCAUUUUUGCUGCCCGGACGCGGAGCGAGAGGCUGAGAGAGUCGGAGACGCUAUCCGCUUCCAUCCGUCGCGCAGACCCUGCCGGAGCCGCUGCCGCUAUGGAUGAUCGGGAGGAUCUGGUGUACCAGGCGAAGCUGGCCGAGCAGGCUGAGCGAUACGACGAAAUGGUGGAAUCAAUGAAGAAAGUGGCAGGCAUGGAUGUGGAGUUGACGGUUGAAGAAAGAAAUCUCCUAUCUGUUGCAUAUAAAAAUGUGAUCGGAGCUAGAAGAGCUUCCUGGAGAAUAAUCAGCAGCAUUGAACAGAAAGAAGAAAACAAGGGAGGAGAAGACAAACUAAAAAUGAUUCGGGAAUAUCGGCAAAUGGUUGAGACUGAGCUAAAAUUAAUCUGUUGUGACAUUCUGGAUGUACUGGACAAACACCUCAUUCCAGCAGCUAACACUGGCGAGUCCAAGGUUUUCUAUUAUAAAAUGAAAGGGGACUACCACAGGUAUCUGGCUGAAUUUGCCACAGGAAAUGACAGGAAGGAGGCUGCAGAGAACAGCCUAGUGGCUUAUAAAGCUGCUAGUGAUAUUGCAAUGACAGAACUUCCACCAACGCAUCCCAUUCGCUUAGGUCUUGCUCUCAAUUUUUCCGUAUUCUACUAUGAAAUUCUUAAUUCCCCAGACCGUGCCUGCAGGUUGGCAAAAGCAGCUUUUGAUGAUGCAAUUGCAGAACUGGAUACGCUGAGUGAAGAAAGCUAUAAGGACUCUACUCUUAUCAUGCAGUUGUUACGUGAUAAUCUGACACUAUGGACUUCAGACAUGCAGGGUGAUGAUUCCUAAAGGAAAAUCCAACUCUUCCUUUCCUAAAAACUCUACUUUGUGAAGAGCAGAAUAAAGAAGCGCUGCAGGAUGUGGAAGAUGAAAAUCAGUGAGACAUAAAAGCCAACAAGAGAAACCAUCUCUGACCACCCCACUCCUUCCCAUCCCACCCCCCCCUUGGAAAUUCCCCCAUUGUUGCUGAGAACCACCAAAUCUGACUUUCACAUUUGGUCUCAGAAUUUAGGUUCCUGCCCUGUUGGUUUUUUUUAAAACAGUUUUCAAAAGUUCUUAAAGGCAAGAGUGAAUUUCUGUGGAUUUUACUGGUCCCAGCUUUUAGGUUCUUUAAGACACUAACAGGACUGCAUAGAGGCUUUUUCAGCAUUACUGUAUUGUCUCCUGCCAGGUGUGGCAAGAUCAACAUUAGAAAUGGAAGUUACAUUUGAAAGCCAUUAGACUUCUAGGAGAUGCAAGCAUCUAAGAGAGGGGUUAAUCACACUAUAGAGGCAUAAGUGGUAUCAUUUUUCCUUUUUCUAAUUGUUAAAUCGAAUUUUAUACCAAUGUUUAAAAUUAAUUGAGUGUUAGCUUGAGGUGGUUAAAGGUUGUUUGGGGAAUUUGUUGUAAUGGUUUUGCUGUAAAAAGUGUUUCAAACUCUGCUGAAAUGUUGCUGAAAAGCAUGGUGCUGGUAACAGUUCAACAAUCCGUGGCUGCUCAUUCUUGCCUACUUUUACUCUCCCUCUGAAGCAGGUUAGCAUUGAAGGUGGUAUGGAAAAGCCUGCAUGCGUGUUCAAUUCUUUGUUUCUUCUCCUUCCCUCUCCCCCUGGGCCCCCCCUCCCCUCCUUCGCUCGCUCAACCUCUUUUGUUCAGUAUGUGUAACUUGAAGCUAAUUUGUACUACUGGAUAUCUGACUGGAGCCACAGAUACAGAAUCUGUAUUGUUCUUACUGAAACACAGCAUGGAAUUAACAUUAAACUUAAAUAAAACAAACCUAAAUUAAAAAUGCCAAA